AUGUGCAUUGAUUAUCGCCAAUUGAACAAGGUUACAAUGAAGAACCAUUAUCCUUUGCCCCGUAUUGAUGACCUGUUUGAUCAGUUACAGGGUGCUUGUGUUUUUUCUAAGAUUGACUUGCGUUCAGGCUAUCAUCAGUUGAAGAUUCGGGAGCCAGAUAUCCCGAAGACUGCCUUCAGGACUCGGUAUGGUCAUUACGAGUUCCUUGUUAUGUCAUUUGGGCUGACUAAUGCCCCAGCAGCCUUCAUGCAUUUGAUGUACAGUGUAUUCCAGCCAUAUCUUGACUCAUUCGUUAUUGUCUUUAUUGAUGACAUUCGGGUAUAUUCCCGAAGUCGGGAAGAUCAUGAGCAGCACCUGAGGACAGUGCUCCAUACUUUGAGGGAGAAGAAAUUAUAUGCUAAGUUCUCGAAAUGUGAGUUCCUAGUGAAGACUUGUGGAAAUUUGGGGGGUUUUCAGAUUGUGAAACUUGGAAAAGAAGAGGAUUAUUUACGGAUUGGUGAUGAGGAGAUGGAGGAGGUUCAGUGGUGUGAAUUUGGACCGAUUUGGGCGAUGUCGCCGCCGUGGACGGCGGAGAUGGCAGUAGCAAAUCUGAAUAUUCGAGAAGGUCCAGCGGGAUUCGAAGGGAACUAA